AUGUCUUUGGAAAUUCGAUCAAUUGGAGAGGUUAUCAGCUAUCAAACCACCCCUCGAACUGAAUUUGUGGUCGGCAUAGGAAUCGUUAAAUCAAAAACAAACGAAGACGAAAAUAUUACAUUUAACAUCACCCAAUUUGUUCCAAUCGAUGCCGAAGCACCCUGUUAUGUCGUAUCGUUAGCUCCAAAAGACAUUAUCUAUUUCCACGGGACUGUUACAAAUGUAGAUUCAUCAACACAAACAAUGAAUGUCACCUGCUCUCACUCGAGAAAGAUUUUCCUAAAUCCAUCAUCCAUCCCUCACGAUUUUACGUACGUUACAGAAAUUGGUACGAUUUCUGGGAAACCGAAUAUUACAGAAACGACCGUUUCUUUCGAUGCGAGUCUUUCUCAAUAUGUUAAAACCAAUACAGGGGGUACGUAUCAACCCUUCACGGUAACGGCAUUCUAUUCAACCAAAAUCAAACACCUCUUAAAUCGAACGAAAGUCUAUAAUACUGGCUCUCGAAUAAGAGAUGAUGAGGGCGCAGUGGAGCUUUAUAAUAAUACUAUUUACUGCGAAUUGCAACAUUCAACAUUUGUCAUUCCAAAAAACAACACAGCCACCAAUGACACGAGCUCUCCAGUCUCUCCUUCUUCAUCUCGUCGAGCUGCGAUUGUCCGAAGCAUCGCGGAACAUACACCACCAACAAAAAAACCAAAACUAGUCGAUUCCUCCACCUCCCUCUCAAGUACAAUCGCGUCCGAAAGUGAGCCAAGCAGCUCAAUGCAGAUUGAGGAUGACACUAAUUCUAAUGAAGACGUAUCGAAUGAUGUUCAAC